AUGAAUCACGAGAAAAAUGACAAGGAAGAAAAUUUCUUCAUCGCUUCGUGGCCCAAUGAACGAAGAACUCCUACAUACGCGCUUGUCGCUCUACACAAAACCAUCAACAUGAAGUUCUCCGUCGCUGCUGCUGGCCUCUUCUUGGCUGUCUCCUCGUUCGCAAGCGCCCAGGAUACCUCGACCAUCACCACCACCCACACCAUCACUCAGACUGUUAUCCACGCUUCCACCGUUACUGCUUCUAGCAAACCAGUCUCGACUCCUGUUGCGUCGCCUUCUUCCACGCCUGUGCGCUCGCCUUCUAGCAGCGUUGUUUCUCCUACCUCAACCGGUAGCGCCUCGACCACUGGGCCUAAGGUGCCCUUGUCAACCGGUGCCGCCGUGCCAUUGGCAGGCAGUGUUUCUGCCGCUCUCGUUGCUGGGUCAUUCGCUGCUUUGCUUGCUGCUUUCUAAGCAAUGUGCUAGAAGAAUAAGCUGAUUCUUCUCAUCUUCUUUGCUUCUUCAGCCAAAGAACCCUUUAUCUUACAUUUUUUUCUGAAAGCAUAUCACAUGAUAUGCCAACCCAUUAAUUCUCUUUCAAUUCUUCCGGUCAUGUUCAUACUAUGACUGCCGGCAAUUCAUUGCCGUUAUACCUUAUUAUUCUAUUUGAUAUCACGAGUCCAUGCUUACUUUGUCUAUUCAGCCUGUGGCUGCGACACCAAGUCAAUGCUUCCGGGUGAGAGUGUGACAAUGCAAUGAAGAAAUCAAGUCAGCAAACGGAUAUGGCGUGGGAGUCUUUUUCUUUUCGAUACCUUCAUGAUGAUGGUGGCUGGCUUUUUUUAUACCAACAAUUUACCUUUUAUA